UGGUAGGAGAGGAUUUUCGAAAGAAUGGACCAGGAUAAUAGAUGUAAAGUCCACUAAGGGGACGAUUCAAUCUCUUAUCGUCAAUUUAGGUGGCGUAUGGCUUCUCAAACAUUUAGAGAAUCAUAUAAACGGUCCAGUCUGGUGA